AUGAUCAAACGGGAGGCAGGGACGCAACCCACGGCUCCAGGAAUGAAAACGAGGAGACUGAUACCGGACAUUUCCGUCUGGCUAAGCCGUAAGCACGGGGAAGUGAACUUCUUCCUAACCCAGCUCCUUACGGGAUUCCUCCUUAGCAACUUCGUCGAGAAAGCCAUCCUGGACGGGUCAUCGAACUGCCCAGUUUGCACAAACGACGUGGAGGACGUGAGCCAUGUACUGUUCUCAUGUCCCCGAUUCGCCCGAAUACAGCAAGAAAUGCAACAGCGCAGUCGAACCCGGCUUACCAAGGAGAACCUUGGGACAGAGAUGUGCUCCGACGAGGACACUUGGGACGCAGUACGCACGGCCGCCAGGGCAAUCUUCAAGACACUGCAACAGUUGUGGAAUGAAGUGAGCCCACCGACGGCACGGCGAAGACGACGACAACGACGGCGAUAA